AUGAUUAAAGGGUAUACAAGUAUUCGUUUUCUCCGUGUUUUUUUAGUGCUGUGGAUUACCUAUGCCACGUACACAAUGGGCCGUCGACCCUUUAGUGUGGCUCGAGCCGAUAUUCAGCGUGAUACCGGACUCACUGCGGCUCAAACUUCUAUUGUAGACACAGUCUUUAUGCUUACAUACACAGUUGGACAAUUAGGGUAUGGAUACAUCAAAAAAUAUUUGGGAAAUAAAGAAAUACUUUUGUAUGGUAUUCUUUUUUCUUCUGUGUCUUCAUUAUUAUUGGCUUUUUCCUCAUCAUUACUUUUUUUUUCUCUCGCAUGGGCAUUAAAUGGGUUCGCACAAGCAGCUGGAUGGGCUACUUGUUUAUCAAUUUUAAAUUAUUGGAUUUUUCCACAGGAACGUGGAAGAGUAAUGGGUUGGUGGUCAACAAACAUGGCAGUAGGUGGUGUAGUUGGAAAUGUUUUACCAGCAUUUCUUAUCGGAAAAGGAUUUUCAUGGCGUUUAGCUGUUAGUAUUGAGGCAAUAGUAUUGAUGGGAGUGGCUGUUUUAAUAUUUUUUUCUCUUAUUCAACACCCUAAUAUGGUUAGAUUACCUUCUGUACAGCAAGUUGAAGAAAACAAUAUAACAGCUGGAUAUUUACAGGAAAUUGGAUCCCUUCGUCUAAAUAAGGAUGGUGAAAUAUGUUCUCCCAUGUGUUCAUCUGCUUUAACAGACUCAGAACCUAUACAACGUAUGUAUAAUGAUAGCCCCUCAAGUAAAGGGAUUUCUACUAGUAUCAAUGAUUAUGAUUCAUCUCUUACUUUUUGGCAAAUUGUUUUUAUUCCUGGGGUUAAGGGUAUUUGUAUGUCUUAUUUCCUACAUAAACUUGUACGAUAUGGCUUUAUGUUUUGGCUUCCAUAUUUUGCAGUAGAAGAGCUAAAAUAUACUACAGAGUCUGCUGGAUAUGUGUCAUCUUUUUUUGAUAUUGGUGGAGUUAUUGGUACUAUAGCGUCUGGAUUUUGUUCGGAUUGGUUAUUUCAUGGGAAAGGUCGAACACGAGUUAUUUUACUUUUUACUUUGGGUAUGAUUAUUGGUACUUGGUGUUUUGGUGCAUUUUCUCAUAUAUUUGUAGAAAGUGUAGCAUUAUGUGCUGUGGCUGUCUCAGUUGUUGGAUUCUUUUCCUUUGCGAUUGAUGCACUAAUGUCAGGUUCCUUCCUCCUUGAUUUCCUUGAGCAUGCCAAAUUAACAGGACAAUCAGGAGCUAUAUCUGGCGUUGUGGGUGGUAUGGGAUCAGCUGGAUCAAUCUUUCAAGGUAUUUUUACAGUUGUAUUAAGCUCAAGCUCUUGGUCUACGUUGUUUUAUAGUUUUAGUUUGGCUAGUGCUGUGGCAAGUAUUUGUUUGAUCCAACCUCUUCGGUAUGAAAUGCGAGGGCGUCAUGGAACCUUUUCAAUUGUGUGA